CAUUUCAAUAUUGCAGCUUAAUUUGUCAUCCAUUAAACUAUAUUGAAGUUUUUUGUUAUCAAAAUGAAUUUCAAUGUUUUGAAACGGACUAUUUUCCAAACGAACAAGGCAAAAAUCUUGUCUAGUUUUUCUUUGUCAUAUCAAAAAAGACGAUGGCUCUGUUCUGCAGUGAAGUGGGACAAAACCAAGCUGGAUAAUGUUGUUGAGAAAAGUAAAAUUGUCGUCUUUAUGAAAGGAGUCCCCAGUCAACCAAUGUGUGGGUUUAGUAACGCUGUUGCACAAAUAUUAAGAAUGCAUGGAGUUGACGAAUACGAUCAUUAUAAUAUAUUGGAUGAUGACGAAUUGCGAAAGGAAAUGAAAGUGUACUCGAACUGGCCAACUUUUCCUCAGGUGUAUUUUGGUAGUGAGUUUUUGGGUGGCUGUGACAUAAUGAUUCAACUUCACCAGAAUGGAGAAUUGAUCAAAGAACUGGAGAAACUUGGUAUAAGGUCAGCUCUGUUGGACAGACAAAAUGAAAAGUAAAUGAUGAAAUAUGAGCUGAUUUGCUCAUAUUUCAAUCAUUUACUUAAAAUAACAUGAUAUUGACUUGCACAAACAUCUUGAAAUAUCCAAGAACUUUUUUUUAUGUUUUGCUCAAAGUAUUUGUUCAGUUUGCUAAAAUGGUUAGAUUGGGGAUCAUUUGAACAUAUAUAAAUAAAGUAAAUGUUAAUAGAAUUGCAUGUAGAAAGGCACAUCAUAGUUUAUAAUGACCGACAUAGGAAUAUAAACAAAAUUGCCGGUUCUAAAAUCAUAAAUUACUAGUCUAGUAGGGAACAAAAGUUUUAACAUUUUUUCACUUCGAUAGAUAGUGAAAAAAUAUUAAAACCUUUAGUGAUUUUUUAUGAACUAGCCUGUCUUUCAUCUGAAAAUGGGCUGGUCUUAGUGUUUGCUUGACAUUCUUGCAUUACUACUAUAAAUCAAUAAUUCAGACAAGGAAGGGUUGAUAGCAGUAGUGUAGCCAGCGUGCAAGUUUUGGUCCUGCUAUGUAAAUUGUACAGCAUUAUCAUUAUUCAUUUCUUUAGAAAUCCAUUGUUUUUACAGUGAGUGAACACAGAAAAAUUAACAUAGCAGGACCAAAUUUGCGGGCUGGCUACACCACUGGUUGAUAGCAUCUGAAUUAAAUUGCAAAAUAUUUAAAGAACAAUGACACUAAGACUUACAAAAUGUAUGUACGUAUUGUGUCAUGAUAUUAACUGAUGGUAUUUUUUACAAAAA